UCCAGUGAGGAACCUCGGUCACUUCCACAACUGCCUGAGAGGCACGGAAGAAACCUCCGAUCUUCCUGGAAUCAAAAGAGAUGAUUCUGCCAGCAGUGUUCCUGUGUCUCACAGCUGUGCUGCCUCAGUCCACUGCAGAGGAACAUGCAAGUUUUGAUGUUCUGUCAGCUAGCAAAGCAGAUCAACAAAAGCUGGUUGUUGACAAGCACAAUGCCCUCAGGAGAGGAGUAAACCCGUCUGCCAGCAACAUGUUGAAGAUGAAAUGGAGUCCUGAAGUUGCAAAGAAUGCCGAAGCUUGGGCAAAUAAAUGUACUUUGAGCCACAGUCCUACAGCAUUGAGGAAAAUCAAUGUAACCUGCGGUGAAAAUCUCUUCAUGUCAACUGCCCCUUCCUCAUGGCCAGAUGUUGUUCAGAAGUGGUAUGAUGAGGUGAAAAAUUUCAAAUAUGGCACUGGAGCAACAAGCGCAGGUGCUGUGGUUGGCCAUUAUACUCAGGUGGUUUGGUACAGGUCUAAUAAAGUUGGAUGUGCAGUUGCUCAUUGUCCUGAGGCUAAUUUUCAAUACUUUUAUGUCUGCCAGUACUGCCCUGCGGGGAAUAACAUAGCUUCACUUGGGAAACCCUACAAAGAGGGAAAACCUUGUGGUGAUUGCCCUAAAGAUUGUGACAAUGGACUAUGCACCAACCCUUGCGAGUAUGUGGAUGUCUAUGAAAACUGUCCUGCCUUGGCAAAGUCUUUUGGAUGUACCUUUAACUUAGUUGCGCUGAACUGCCCUGCUACCUGCCAAUGCAAAACUGAAAUAAAGUAACAGGCUCGGACUCUUCCCUGCCUGGGUAUCCAUCUCCUUAAUGACAAUAACUUUAACAAAAUCAAAUUUUCUCUCACCUCUCUCAUGCAUGCAAAAGGACUAAAUGCAGUUAAGUUACUCACAUCAGAGAGAGCUCAUGUACGUGUUUUAUUUGCAUAGUCCUCUGGAAGUAUAGUGGAGUUUCUUAGCUGAAAUUUGGCAUUUGGGUACCAGACAUAUAUCAUGUUCAAGAUAUCAGGCCUUCCUUUUCUAAAACUGCUAUCUAAGGAGCAUUGUUUAAGGUUCUGUAUUUCCACAUGUUUCACAUGCUGUCAGCAUAGCUGCAUAGUCCUUGUUCAUGCAAGUGAUCUUAACCUGACCAACAUUUUGAACUGCCUUACUGUUAAUUGGCCCAGGAGAUAAACAGCAUUACUUGAAAUAGUUUUCAAAGGGUAUCAGGAUAGCAAAGCAGUUUCCAUUAGAACUAUUCUCAGUCAGAAUUUGUGGGUUUUUUGCUGACAUACAUUUUGCUCUAAAACACUCCAUUGCCUUUAAUAGGAAAAGGGUGUAGUUCAUUCAAAUGGAUGGUCCUGAUCAUACCAUAAGGUUGUACUUGGCAUAAACAAAGGUAACCAAAUCUGUUCUCUAGAAGAAAAGACCUGCCUGAGAAAAGGCUUUAUUCAUGCAAAUAAGUAGCCAAGGAAGGAUGUUUGCAUUUGCAAAUUUUACUUUUAAUAAUGAGUAGAGGUGUCUUGAAAAAAUUAUUUUUUAAAUAUUUGGUAUUUCUGUAUGACUCAUUAAAUUACUGAUUCUUCACUGAGCAA